GUGAUGCCGAAAAGUUUGGGAACCACUGACCUAAACAGUCAAAACUUCCGCUUAUCAUACUUAAAGCAGUAGAACAAGGACUCAUUGAAAAAACCAGUGAUGUUGUUUGCAUUAUUCUUUUUUAUCCUCUGUGUUUCUACCUAUCCAUAAGGUAUUAGAUAACCUGGUUAAACCUGGACUUGUCUUCACCAGGAAAAAAAAAUAGUAUAAUUUAACAAGUUCACAUCCUACUAUAAAGAAGGUAGCUAACUUGUUUUAGUUGGUCCAGGUAAGUACUAUGGGGGCAUCCUGGCUUCAUUUCAACCAGUUAAUGUAUUAUUGCUGUAAUUGCUUAAUCUUCAUUAGGAUUGAACUUGUUCGUUAAGAAAUGUUAAGGGCCCUUUUUAACUUCUGUGGAUGUAAUCCACACACCUUCCCAGUGUGGUAUGCUGUGCCAUCUAGUUGCACUAACACCACGUCUUACAAAGAGAGUGAUGAGUUCUUUCCACAUAGAGCCUUAGCUAAUAGCCAGCUGACUUUUAGGUCAUGCAGUAGAGGUUCAUGCACCAAGCUCCACAGGUCCCAGACUCUAUUUUAACCACAGAUGACCGGGCUCUCUCAGCAUUACAUAACCUCAUGACGUAAGGGGUCAUGUCUAAGUUUGCUUUGAAAAGGCAUGAAGAAGUUAAAAUGUUUAUCCAAGCAACAUAAACCACUAGGUCUCCAGAAGGGAACUCCUGCCUGUGCUGUCCGUACUGUUAGAGAGGCUUUCUGAUGAUGAACUUUUUUUAGUCUUUUCACUUCUAUAGGAAUAAGGAGUGGUAAAAACAGAGUGGGAAAUUCUUUGCCAGGUUCAUGUGCAUUUGACACAUAAAGAGAUCGCAAGAAAAUGUCUAAUAUAAAUAACAAGUAGUAAAAAUUGCUAGCAAUGUUGUAGCAGUUUUGGUCCCAUUAUAUCAGAAAAAACAACAUGAGUAACAGGUUUGAUUGCACUAACUUCUGUUGAUAAAAGAGAUGAGCUUUCAAUGUACACAGAACUCUUAUUUACGUAAAACACACAAAUCUUUUUGAGCUAGUCUGUGAAAGAAAUUCUUCAGUAUUAUCUCUAUUCUAAGUGAAUUUUUACGUUGAUUUAUUGACAGUGUCAGUGAAAUCCCAGGUUAUUGGAUGUCAAUGUGCAAUUUAUAGAUGGUUAAAUCAUCAGCUGCAUAUCAUAUGUUCAUUGUUUUAACAGAGGUUCUUCAGACAUCAAAGCUGUACUUGGUUCAGUUCCUCCUCUGUCUUUUGCCGAGAGAAAAAUUUAAUUCUUUGCACUUUAUCUUUUUAUUGUGGAUUAAAGACCUAUGAAGCCAUUUACUCUAAAGUGAUUUUUUCUUCUAAGAGCUCCUAUUUACUUUAAAUGAGAAUAGCUGAAAAACCAAAGUUCAUGUUGCUUAACUUGUACUGUAUAAAUAGACCCUCAAACUCAUAGUACAUUAUUCCUGUGAAUGCUUUUUCUAGAAAACCAGGAACUGCACACCUAGGAACUGGACUAUGCUGCUGCUCCGAAUAGUCAACACCUUUGUGUUGGUGUUACCUCUAGUGACAACUUCUAAUUCAAAUCCUGAUCAGGCUGUGCAAAAAUUGGAACAGGAUGAACCUCCUCCGAAUGGGUUACAAGAAAGUGUUGGAGUGGAAGGCACUAAGGUGGUACCAGUAGAUCCAGAGUUGCUAGACAGUGGAUUGCAAGCAUUUCGAUGUUUUCCUGAGCUUUCAGGAAUGGAUGGAUCCCCUGGACCUGAAGGAGACAGAGAACUCGAGCUUUUUAAAACUGAAAUAAGCAAUUUGGAAGAAAAUGUGAACUUUCUGAAAGCUACUGUCGGCAAAAUCCAAAAAGUUCUGGUGACAACUUCCAGCUCAAUUCCUGCUCAGGUUCUCCAAAAGUUGGAACCAAAUAUACGUACAGCAGUUGUGUGUGGACCUCCUCAGAACGGAUUUCCAGGAAAGGAUGGAAAAGAAGGCCCUAAGAGGAAAAAGGGAGACCAAGGAUUGAGAGGGAUGCCAGGUCUUCCCGGAAGGGAUGGAUCCCCUGGACCCAAAGGAGACAGAGGUGAACAAGGACCAAAGGGAGACUGUGAUGGCACAGAGCUUGAGCUUUUAAAAAGUGAAAUAAAGGAUUUGCAAGAAAACCUGACGGCCCUAAUAGCUACAGUGAGCAGAAUCCAAACAGAUCAGUCCUUUGGAACUGGUGUUAGUGCUGGCCAAAAAAUGUUCAAACCCAGUCGUUCUGUCGGUGACUUUGAGACUGCCAAAGCCACAUGUUCUCAGGCUAGGAAUCAAACAAUGCUGCUGCUUCCAAUAUUCGACACUAUUCUGUUGGUGUUAACUCUGGUCACAGCUUCCAACUCCACUCCAGCUCCGGUUGUCCAAAAGUGGGAACCGAAUGCAUGUACACUAGUUGUGUGUGGACCUGCUCAAAAUGAGUUACCAGGAAAAGAUGGAAAAGAAGGCCCUAAAGGGCAAAAGGGAGAUCAAGGAUUAAGAGGGAUGCCAGGUCUUCCCGGAAGGGAUGGAUCCCUUGGACCCAAAGGAGACCGAGGUGAACAAGGACCAAAGGGAGACUGUAAUGGCACAGAGCUUGAGCUUUUAAAAAGUGAAAUAAGGGAUUUGCAAGAAAACUUGACAGCCCUGGUAGCUACUGUGAGAAGCAUCCAAACAGAACAGCAGGAGACAACCACUCUCUGAAAUCAACAGCACAUGAGGCCUCAUUCUGCUCUUCAAUUCCCAUUUACUUCAUCUGGAACAAGAGCAGGCCCUUGACUCUGACCUACAAGAAGAGGCAUAAAUUCCAAAUGAGAUAAGCGAAUGAUGACAGAACUGCGCCAUGUGCUGUAUCAAGUGCUAGGGCCUGGCCUCAUAAAAAGUAUUGCAGUGAUCUUCCCGAACGCUGUACCUGACAACAUUGAAGUAUUUUAGACUUGCACUGGUUCAUUGUAUUCAUACUUGGGCACUGUGUGGAAUACCCACUAUAAUCUCUAGGAAAAUAAAUUCUGGAAGUGGUCAGUUUGAACCUGAUCUAGCAUGUUUUUAUGUCUUUACUGGUACGCAAAAACCCAAGAAUACUGUGUGAACCUCAAGCUAAUAUUUUUUUCUGAGAUUGUGAUAGCCAACAGAAUAAAUCAACAAAAAUAACUGCACCAUAUACCAGGCCCCUAGCAUCCGUUUUUAUGGUGUAAACAAUUGUG